UGCAAACAGAAAUUCCAGCAGCAUCUACAUAUGACCACAUGCUCCUUCCCGCCAAGCCCUGUGAGUCUUUGCUUGACUUGACUCCUUAGUCUCCAGGUGGACAGCUCCAGAGACCCUCUGCCAGGGAAGAUGACUGACUGUGAAUUCACAUCUGUCUACUCUUUGGCUGAGGACUAUCUUCAGUAUGUCCUACAAGUUCCCUUGUUUGAAUCGGCUCCAAGCAAAACGUCCAGAGUGCUACAAAAAGUUGCUUUCUCAGUCCAAAAAGAAGUUGAAAAGAAUCUGAAACCAUACUUGGACAAUUUUGAUGUGGUAUCCAUAGAUACAGCUAGAACAAUAUUCAAUCAAGUGAUGGAAAAAGAAUUUGAAGAUGGUAUUAUUAACUGGGGGAGGAUUGUGACCAUAUUUGCUUUUGGGGGUGUUCUCCUCAAGAAACUUCCACAAGAGCAGAUGGACUUGGAUGUGGAUACUUACAAGCAAGUUUCUUAUUUUGUGGCUGAAUUCAUAAUGAAUAACACAGGAGAAUGGAUACGUCAAAAUGGAGGUUGGGAAGAUGGCUUCAUAAGGAAAUUUGAACCUAAGUCUGGCUGGCUGACUUUUCUGGAAGUCAUGGGACAGAUCUGGGAACUGAUCUUUCUCCUGAAGCACCAUCAUUGACCAGAGAGAACCCUGGCUCCUGUGAGGACUGUUACCAACACGUCUUACUUCCAUUUUCAAACAAACAAUUUUAGUGACAAGACUUGAUUUCCAGAGUUUAUAAAGUAUGUUUUGUUCCUACUUUAAUCAAUAAAUUGCACAUACGUAUUUCCAUAUGUGAUUAGUGUUUUAAGUUUUUUAGUCUGCCUGGAACUUAAAAAAAAAAAAAGAAACUCUACAGGAAACAGGUACUGAAGUAUGGAUUGAUGAUAUCCAGGAAGGUAGUGUCUUUUCUGCCUAUCCCAUAGCAGACUCUUCCUUAAGGGUGUGCCCAUCACCUAGUCAUUCUGUCCAUAGGGUACGUAGAAUGGGGACUAAAUUCUGCCUCCUACCUUCCUCCUGGGCCUAGGAUUUCUGUAUCCUCAGAGCCCUUGGCUGCAUACUGUUUCUUAUUGUUGCCCUCUCCCUAACUUUCACUCUCUGGCCCUUCAUUUGGGGUUGAUGGAUGAAACAACCAGAUAUGCAGUGCUGAGGCUCAGAAACACUAGCCUAAAAUGAAGGACUAAGAAGC